CACCUCCUUCUCUUCUCUUUGCUUCUUCGUUUCGUUGCUUUUCUUUUCCCUUCCUCCUACCUACUAUCACGGCAUUGACUCCCCGUGCCACCCACUCGUCCCGCCAUGACCAUCGCUCUUCCUGUCUCCUCGUUCUGAUGGCAUCGGCCACCGUCUCCCGCGCCUUGCGCUCUUUCCCCUCUCAGCUCGCCCGCCCCCGUCUUCCUCGUGCUCCCCGAUUUCUUCCUCCACUUGCCCGCCAUGUCCAUCCUGGGCGAUACCAGCCAUUCGUCCCUCCCUCGCCGGUCUCCCUAGGCAAGCCCACCCCGGCCAAAACCUACGAUCGCACCCGGAAAUGGCUGCGUCGUUUCGUCUAUCUCUCGCUAGCCACCGGGGUUGUCUACGUCCUGGACACCCAAUUUUACGCCGCCUCUCUGACACGAACGGCUCGCACGUUUAGCUUGGGGCUUCUGGUGGCUAUCGACUACAAGAUCAACUUCCGUCCUAACCCGCCGCUGGCCAGCUCCAUCAACGCCGUGCACACCCGCAAUGCGGAGCGGUUGUCCGAUCUGUUGCGUCACAAUGGCGGCCUGUACUUGAAGAUUGGCCAGGCCAUCGCCAUGCAAUCUACCAUCCUGCCACCCGAAUUCCAGAAGAUGUUCUCGCGCAUGUUCGAUGACGCCCCCCAGAAUGACUGGAAGGAAAUCGAGAAGGUCAUUCGCGAGGACUUUGGUCGCUCCGUCGAGGAGGUCUUUGGCGUCUCCUUCACUGGCGAACCCGGCAAGGGUGUCAUGGAGCGCGCUGCACGCGCCAGUGCUAGUGUCGCCCAGGUGCAUUGGGCCCGUCUCCCUGACGGUCGCGAGGUCGCCAUUAAGAUUCAGAAACGGGAAAUCGCCCAGCAACUGAAAUGGGAUCUCUGGGCCUUCAAAGUCGUUUCUUGGAUCUACAGCCGCACCUUUGACAUCCCCUUCUACAGUCUCGUUCCCUACGUGUCUGAACGCCUCUCGCUGGAGACCGAUUUCGAGAAUGAGGCCGACAACUCUGAAAACAUGGCCCGUCUGGUCGCCGGCGAGUCCCGUCUCCGCGGCCGUGUCUACAUUCCCAAAGUCUACCGCGAGCUCAGCUCGAAGCGUGUCAUGACUGCUGAAUGGAUCGAGGGCGUCCGCCUCUGGGAUAAGGACUCGAUCACACGGACCUGGCGCGGUGGCUGGCGCACCGGCACCCCAGGCUGCCACGGAACACCGCUUGAUCCCCGCAACGCCGAAAACCCCGUCGCCAAGUUCGCCCGCAACCCACAGCUCACCUCCAAGAUCAAACCUGAGCGCGACCACUGGCGCGGCGGGUACGCCCGUGCCGGCCUCGGGCUCUCCCUCAAAGAGGUCAUGACCACCAUGGUGGACCUCUUCUCCGCGCAGAUGUUCCUCUGGGGCCUGGUCCACUGCGACCCGCACCCAGGCAACAUAUUCAUCCGUCGGACACCCUCCGGCCACCCGGAGCUCGUCCUCAUCGACCACGGACUCUACAUCCACAUGGAUACCGAGUUCCGCCACCAAUAUGCCCGCUUCUGGAAAGCCCUCCUCACCUUCGACAACACCACUCUCACCUCCGUUGUCCGCGGCUGGGGCGUCCAAAACACCGACGUCUUCGCCUCGGCAACCCUAAUGCGCCCCUACCACGGCGGCGACCUCUCCACGCGCCGCUCCUUCGAGGGCCUCAGCAAGGCCGAGCGCGCUACCCGUCACUACGAAAUGCAGCAAGCGGCCCGCAAAGCCAUCCGCGAAGUCCUCGGCGAUGAGGAGAAAUGGCCCCGUCCACUGAUCUUCAUCGGCCGCAACCUCCGCAUCGUCCAAGCCAACAACCAAUUCCUCGGCUCACCCGUCAACCGCGUCAAAAUCACGGGCACCUGGGCGUCCCGCGCGCUAGUCGAAUCCCCUGAUCUCCCAACCGGCGAAAAGCUCCGCAACUUCGCCCGCCACAUGCUCUUCCGCGUGGUGCUGUUUAGCACAGACCUCUUCUUCUGGUUCACCAAGGUGCGACAGUUCCUGCACCUCGGUGGCGGAAUGGAAGAUACCAUUGAGGCGCAGAUGCAGGGCAUGGCGAAGGAUUUGGGAGUCGAGUUGAGUCAGAAUGUGUUUGAGGGAUAGUCCCAUCCCUACUUCCCAUCCGCUAUAUAAAGGGAAUAUACUAUAUGAACAUAUACUCUCCUCCUCUUUGGUAUACUCUGUUUGAUUGCUAUUAUAUAAAUCAGAUAGAUACCAUAUACACAAUACAACAAACUCAC